CCGGCGAGUUCCUUUCCGGCGACCUCGCGUCUCUCCGUUCAAUCUCUCUCUCCCAUCGCGAUUGUUCAAUCUCGCGACGCUCUGCCCUAGCUUGUCCGUUCCUUCCGGCCGGCAUCUCCCCGGUCCGCAACUAAUUUCGACGCGCGCUUUCAGGCUCUUGAGGCCCGGUGGGAUGCUCAGCAUGGUCCCGGCGCCGGGCAGCCCCAUCCUCCUCCUCCUCAUAGUCCAGGACCACAGUGACUUGUCACUGUGUUGGUCAGCUUUUCUUUUCUUUUCUCUUUUAUUUUUAUUUUCUUUUCUGUCUUUUCUCUUUUAUUUUGAGUCGGUUGAUUGUGUG